AUGCCUCGUUUCGCCGCUUUUCUUCCCCUUGCCUAUGCACUGGGCGCCUUUGCUCAGAGCGUGGCAUACACUGAUCCCAACACUGGUAUCGACUUCAUGAGUUUCGAGGACUCCGACUCAGGAGCACGAUUCAGUGUUGCUACACCUGAGACUCUGGGUACGGAUUUCAUCGGUCAGAUUGUUGCUCCUACCACCGAGGGAUGGGCCGGUCUCGACCUGUCUGCUCAGAUGGCGAACCACAUUCUGGUCGUUGCAUGGCCCGACGGUAAGGAAGUCAUGUCUUCCGUCCGUGAAGCAACUGGUUACACUACCCCUCCUGUCUACACAGGAAAUGUGACCACAACUCCCAUCGCCAAUGGUACUUUCGUCAACAGCACCCACUUCUCUUACACUUUUGUCUGCAACGGAUGCAUUACUGGCGAAUCAGACAGUUUCCCCAACACCGUCAAGGGUAAUGCUUUCGGAUGGGCUUACUCUUCCGAUGCACCUGCUAAGCCCUCUGCCGCCGACACUGCUUUGAACAUGCACUCUGGAUUCGGUGCAUUUGCCAUCAUCUUUGCCAGCUCUUCGUCUGCAAGCUACGAUACUUGGGCUUCCUGGGCUAAAGCAACUAUUCCCGCUCCUUCAACUUCUAGCAACGGCACUGUAGGAACAACCUCUACUUCAGGCCAGAACAACACUUCUACCGUCCCCAUCGCUACCACAUUGAACACUACAUACGACUAUAUCAUUGCUGGCGCCGGACCGGCUGGUAUCAUCGUUGCUGAGAGACUUGCUGAGUCUGGUGCUGAGGUUCUCCUUCUCGAGCGUGGUGAUGCUUCCACCUAUGCAUCGGGUGGCCGUGCUACCGAGUCCUGGAACGAGACUGUGACUCAAUACGAUGUCCCUGCCAUGGCUUACUAUCUCUCUACCGCUGGUGUCACCAACGAGUACUGCACUGACACUGCCGAUCAAGCCGGAUGUCUCCUCGGAGGUAGCAGCAUGAUCAACGCUCUGAUGUUUGUCCGUCCCCAAGAACGCGACUUUGACGACAAAUGGCCCACUGGCUGGAAGUGGUCUGAUGUCUCGGCCUCUGCUGAGAGCUUCUACGAGAGAAAUCCUGGUACUAUUUCUCCUUCCAAGGAUGGACAGCACUACGAUACAGGUGCUUACGAUGUGCUCUCUACCUUCUUCACUAGCCAUGGAUGGUCCUCGGUCAACGCUAUCGAGGAACCCAACAAAAAGACAGAUGUCUUCUCGCACCCGCCAUGGAACAUCCAGGAUGGUCUCCGUGCUGGCCCUGUCUUGACAUACCUCCCUCUUGCCAAGUCAAAGAAGAACUUCCACAUCCAACUUAACAGCACUGUUGUCCGUGCCGUCCGUGAAUCUUCCUUCGUCACUGGUGUUGAGGUUGAGCUUGUUGAUGGCAGCCGUCAGAUCAUUAAUGUCAAGACUGGCGGUAAGGUUGUGCUUGCUGGUGGCGCACUGUCUACUCCCCGCAUCCUUAUCAACUCUGGUAUCGGACCUGCCGAUCAGAUCAAGACUGUCCAGGGCGGAAGUACUGGUGUCACUCUUCCUGAGGAGUCCGAGUGGAUUGACCUUCCUGUCGGUAAGGGCCUUAAGGACCACCCCAUCGUGACUCUUAAGUUCAAGACCAAAUCCUCCUUGUCAUCGCUCGAUACCACUGCCUUCACCAAGCCCAACGAGACCGACGUCGAAUCGUUUGCCCAAGGCAACGGCGUGCUUGUCCAGGGUGGCCAGCGCUUGAACUUCUGGUCUUCGGUCAAGGGUAGCGAUGGCAUUGAACGUUUCGUCCAAGGAACUUGCAACUCGCCUUCCGACGACACCAUCAAGAUGAAGGUUUACCUUACCCAUGGUCUCACCUCUACUGGCGAGAUUGGCAUCACCGCAGAUGGCAAGACUGAGUACAUUACCCAGCCUUGGUUGAACACCGACGAGGACAAGGAAGCUCUUGCCUCUUUCGUCGACCGCUUGAUCAGCUUCACAAAGGCUGACAACUCGACCUUGACUCUUGAUGCUGGACUUACUGCUUCUUCCGACGUUACCGGUGCUGAUCUAAUCAAGACUUUCGUUACUGGCAGUCAUUACGUUGGCACUGCUAAGAUGGGCGAAGAUGAUGGCCGCAAGGGUGGUGCUGCAGUUGUCGACUUGGAUACCAAGGUCUACGGCACUGACAACCUGUUUGUCGUGGAUGCUUCUUUCCACCCUGACUUGCCUACUGGCAACACCCAAGCUAUGGUCAUGGUUGCCGCCGAAGCUGCUGCCAAGAAGGUCGCUGCUGUAAAGGUUGGCAGUGCUCCUGCUGCUUCUGCUUCUUCCUCUGCUGUUGUUUCUUCGGCUACUGCUUCUCAGGCCGUCUCGUCUACUGCUGUGGCUUCCUCUACCGCUGUUUCAUCUUCUGUUGCUGCGGUGACUUCGGCUCCUGCAUCUGCUUCCAUCACCUCUGUUCCUACAUCUACUUCUGAGACCGCAACCUUCACUGGCACUACUGCGAUUACCUCCGUCGCUGUGCCCAGCCCUGCUUACACCGAAGUGCCCAAGUGGGGUCGUUGUGGUGGUAUCGGAUAUGAUGGACCGACCAAAUGUGUUUCUGGCUCGACUUGUAAAUACCAGAACGAUUGGUACUCCCAGUGCUUGUAG